UUUUGAGACGCACCCGGUAUUAUAAGUAGCUUAUCUUAUUAUCGCAGGCACUUGAGACCCUGCAAUAAUAUAAAUAUUUCUCGGUAGUAAAUACAUUAAUUCAUUUAUAAGCGUUGUGUGGAUUUUAAAAGAUAAUAUGGAUGCUAUUAGAAACGGUUGGUUUAGUGAAAUAUCCGAGUUGUGGCCGGGACAAAGUUUUUCAUUAAAAAUUAAGGAAGUACUGUUUCAUGGAAAAUCGGACUACCAGGACGUCCUUAUUGUACAAACGACAAAUCAUGGUAGAGCUCUAAUUUUAGAUGGAAUUAUCCAAUGCACGGAAUUUGAUGAAUUUUCUUAUCAGGAAAUGAUCAGCUUCUUGCCAUUAUGCGCUCAUAAAAAUCCUGAAAAAGUACUAAUUGUUGGUGGUGGCGAUGGUGGAGUUGCUAGGGAAGUACAAAAGCAUCCGUUGGUCAAGACUUUUGUUCAAGUAGAAAUCGACGAUAUGGUAAUACAACAGAGUAAAAUUCAUCUCCCCUUUAUGGCCAAAGGUUUCGACUCUCCGAAACUGACGUUAGAAGUAUGCGAUGGGUUUGAAUAUAUGAAGAACCAUCAAAACGAAUUUGAUGUAAUUAUUACCGAUUCUUCUGACCCAGUGGGCCCUGCUGUUAACCUCUUUACAGAAAGUUACUUCAAAUUACUGAAAACUGCUUUAAAACCUAAUGGUGAGCACUGAUAGUAUAUUAUAUAU